AGGAAUACUCCUGAGGAUACAAUUAGAAGAAAGUUUUCCAAAACAAAGCAAUCUGAAGUUGGAGGUGGUGACCACAUUGACCCAAACCAGGCAAAGAAAUGAAAAAUGCUUGUGGAAGAAACAGCCCCUCUGAAAAGAGUGCAAGAGCAGCAGGUCCUGCCCAAGUGUGAAGUUCAAAAACCUGAGAAAGAGAAAGGUGAAGAGACAAGGAUUGAGAAUGGGAAUCUUGUUUUAGUGACAGACUCUUGUGGAAGAGUGGAAUCAUCUAGGAAAAUAUCCAAACCCAUAGAAGCUCCUUGUGAAGACUCUGAUUUGGGAAGAGAGCAGGCCAAGGCCAUGGAGAAGACUGACUAUAAAUGCUCAAAAUGUAGGGGGGCAUUUAUCCAGCAUUCAGACCUGAUUGAACAUGAAAGUGUACACAUGGGAGAAAAACUUGGUGAAUCCAAAGUGUGUCAGAGUUCUACUCUUACUGGACAUCAGAAAAUUCCUUCUAGAGAGAAAGGUCAUCAGUGCCAUGAAUGUGGGAAAGUCUUUCAGAGGAGUUCACAUCUUGUCAGACAUCAGAAAAUCCAUCUUGGUGAGAAGCCUUAUCAGUGCAAAGAGUGUGGAAAAGUCUUUAGCCAGAAUGCAGGCCUUUUGGAACAUCUCAGAAUCCAUACUGGAGAGAAACCUUAUCUGUGUAUCCAUUGUGGAAAGAACUUUAGGCGCAGCUCUCACCUUAAUCGACACCAGAGAAUUCAUAGUCAGGAGGAACCUUGUGAGUGCAAAGAGUGUGGAAAAACAUUUAGUCAGGCCUUGCUCCUCACCCAUCAUCAGAGAAUCCACAGUCACUCCAAAAACCAUCAGUGUAAUGAGUGUGGGAAAGCCUUCAGUUUGACCUCAGACCUUAUUCGACAUCAUAGGAUUCACACUGGUGAAAAACCUUUCAAGUGUAAUGUAUGCCAGAAAGCAUUCCGACUUAACUCACACCUCAAUCAGCAUGUAAGAAUCCACAAUGAAGAAAAGCCCUAUGAGUGUAAUGAAUGUGGAGAAGCCUUCAGACAGAAGUCAGGUCUCUUUCAGCAUCAGAGACAUCACCACAAAGGAAAACUGGUUAGAUGAGGUGUUGUCCUUGUAGAACAUCAGAAAGUAUACAUUGACAAGCAAACAGCACUUUAGGAAAAGUUAUUCUGGCCAACAUCAGAAUUCCUAAGGGCUGAGUUGGAAGUGUUUGCCUCCAUUCCCUAUCCUUUGCUUUCCUUGAAAUCCAUUUUGGACCCCAAUAAUUUCACCCUAGACAGUACAGUGAGAUCAGAGUUAAACAACAUUCUUCACUACAAGACUUCUGAGCAUUUAUAAGGUGUUAAAUGAAUGAUCGUGUAUCUCCAAGAUAUACCUCAUGUUUCAUCACACGUCCCAUGGGUGAGGAAAAGGGUUCCUGCCAGAGAGAUGGACUGGCUAUAAAUUAAUCUCUAAGAAACUUAUUUAAUAGAAAAAAACACAGGAAACAAUUAUCUCUUUUGAACCAGGGGCAUGACCAAUUGAGCCAUGCUAACAUCUGGUUCUAACAAAACCUGGAGCCUCUGCUUUGUUUAUUUAUAGUGGUACAGAUCAAAGGGGGACCAGUAGGAGCUUCUGGUUCCACAUGAGAAACAGGAUGGAGUGGAGUUAAGGAAACCAUUUUGCUCUAGCGGGUCAUGUGGCACAUCUAGGACACAAAUUCCGGCAGUGAGCCGCUCUGCACAGAAACCACAUACUUCAGGCCAUCUGAAACAAUCUCUCAUGACUGCCACCUGGUUAAUGAUAGAACUUGCCCUCAAAAUUAUGUCGUGUCAUUUUACAUUUUCCAUCCCCACCACAGUACCUCAUUAAUUCAAGUUAUAAAUCAGAGUUUUGCAGACUAUGGAAGAGAUUUCACAUUUUGAACUGUGCUGAAUUAAUCCAAAUAGCAACUGUCUUACUUGGUAACUUCAGUGCCAGUACAGUGACUGCUGCAUAUUCCCUAUUCAUUGAAUGUCCACUGAAAUAUAUUGGACUUUUUCCUUUUAAUAUUGAUGAUGCAGUUUUAAGUCUUGCUUGUUUUGGAAUUCUUUGAAAGUCAAACAAUAAAGUCAUCUUGGAGAACAGA